UGUCACUCAUACUUUCCCCAAAUCCCUGAUCAUAAAAGUACCACUAUAAUGUAUAUUGCUCAUUGCAUCAAGACCCACCCCCACAUGUUCAUUUUAAUAUUUCUAGUAUAAAUAAUUAACAAAUACUUGCUACUAUUGCUUUUAGAGUAAGGAAUAACAGAUAUAAGAAAUUUGGACAGAGGAGCAUAAAAGAUGGAAAAGAAGAAAAAAGCAAAGCAAUGAAGAAAUUUGAUAUAUGAAAUAAACAGACAGGAUGGCACCACAAACAUGAGUAGCUCUUCCCUACUCACUCACUCCAACUCCAACCCCUUGCUUUAAUUAUAAUAGGCUAUUACAACUAACACAGCCAUGGCCAUGCUCUCUCUCUCUAUUCUCAUUCACUUUCACUUUCAGAGCGUGAACAUCUUCUUUUCUGUCCUUCACAUUCACAUGGAUGUUUCCAAGACACUUAAAGAACAUCUUCAAAGACAACAAGAGCCGUUUUCGUUGCAAGAUUACAUCAUAGAAAGAAGUUACUUGUUCAACAAGUGCAAGUCUGAUAAUAGUAGUGCAAAGCAUCUCAAGUAUGAUGAUAUACACAAGAUAAGGAAGAGGUUCUUACAUGCUACUGGCAUCCUAAGAACACUACUUUACAAGUUCAUUCCCUCAGACUGGGAUGAUGAACACCACAGCCACAGCGGUGACAAAAAACAAACAGAUGAUGAGCUCUUUUCAUUGAAAUCAUUAACUGCUCCUGAUUAUUAUACUAAGAGCCAAGUUGAGGACGUGUUUCAGACAUUCACAACAUCAGAGCAGCUGCAUAUAGCUUACGAACCAUAUCGGAUCAGCAGAAUGUCACUACCCAACGCAGAGACAAGUCUAGAAUCCCAGCUGCCAAAUUCUCCACCGGAACUCGUUCGAGACUCCUUGUUCUCCACCUAUUUGAGAAAGCUACUACUGAACCCAAAUAUUCUGAAAUUGAGGCCAGCAAGAAAGCAUAAACUAGAGGAUGCGGUUGACAAGAGGGAGCGGUUCCAGCUACCGUUAGAGUUCUAUUUACAGCAAGACCAAGGCAGAAGUCUUUCAAUACAAGCAGAUUCAGAUGACAUUCUAAGUGUUAAAGAUCAGCACUUAAGCUUCUUUGGGAAACAGUGGAGAAAAGUUAAUAGUAUCAGCGACCUCUUUUAUACGGAAUGUUGUGUCACAUCCCAGGAGUGGAACAUGUUCCAAAUAGUACAUAGUGGGGAGAUACAAAUGGAGAUAGGAGAUGCCAUCUUAUAUGACAUUAUCAGCGAAACAAUUAAUUUGUUUUAGUUUUAACUUUGAAUAAAAUAGAUACACCAUGGUCCAUGUUCA